CUCUUUCCUUUUUCGAAAGCCACUAUGCUGGGCACAAGGGCCAUAAGGUGGAGGAGAGGGGAGCACUUUCCGACAAUGCUCCUCCAAACACCCCUGUCCCAUCCCACACUGCCCCUAACAGGAGGAAGGAGGUUCAGACACCCAAUCUGCAGCAUCAAAGAGACCCCAAUGGGUACACCUUUAUGAGGACAAGGAGGAGCCCUCCACCUGUAGCUUUCCUCAAAACACACAAGACUGGAAGCAGCACUGUUCAGAAUCUGAUGUUCCGCCUUGGGGAGAAGGAGAACCUCACUUUCGCCUUCCCCUAUUACGCAUACCAGUUCAGCUACCCAGAUAGGUUCCGAGCAGACUUUGUAGAUGAGCUGCCACCGGGUUCCUCUCAGUUCGACAUGCUCUGCAGCCACAUGCGGCUGGACCUGGGACAGCUGAAACAGGUGAUGCCCAGGAACACCAUCUACAUCACCCUGCUGCGUGAUCCUCUACAGACCUUCGAGUCCGUUUUCAGCUACUACACUUCCACUGUACCCGCCUUCACGCUAGCCAAAAAGGCAGCUGACACAGCUAACAGGAAGUCCGCCCUCUCGGUCUUCCUGGAGUCCCCAGAGUCCUACUGGGACCCUACAGAACCCGGGAAUGGCCUAGCCAGGAACCCUAUGAGCUUUGACCUGGGCKUCAGCAGCCAAGAGUGGAACGCAUCCUGGCCCAUGGAGCUGACUCAGCUGGAGGAGGCCUUCCAGCUGGUGAUGAUCGCUGAGCACUUUGAUGAGUCUCUGGUUCUCCUGGGGGCUUUGCUGCAGCUGGAGCCUGAGGAGCUGGCCUAUGUGCACCUGAACGUCCGCGCCCCAUCGGACAUCACCCCGCUGGAGGAGGACACCAAGGCCAGGCUCUGGGCCUGGAACAGUCUGGAUGUGCUGCUCUACAACUUAUUUCUGCAGGUGUUCUGGGAGAAAGCUGAGCAGUAUGGCCUGGGGAGACUGAAAAGGGAGGUGGCCCUACUGAGGGCCUCCACACAGAGGCUCAGACAGAAGUGUGUGGCCAGAGAAGGAGUCCCCCCUGGUGAGCUGGAGGACCUGGUCAGGCCCUGGCAGACCGACACAGUCACCAUCCUGGGAUACGAGGUACGAGGGAACCUGACUCUGCAGGAAGAGGGGCUCUGUGUGCGACUAGUGCUGCCUGAGCUACAGUACCACUCUCAUCUGUAUUUCCAGCAGUAUGGCCAUGACAUGAGGUCCAUACCUACAGACUAAUGUGCAGCACUUUCCCUUUUAGAUACUACACCACUCAGAAUUUCUGCUUUUGAUGUAUUUUUCCAAUAAACCAAAAAUACUAACAUUGUUAGGUCCCUUUCCAAAUGUAUUUUUAUUUUUAAAAUGUGGAUCUUCUUGUUAAAAUACUAUAACGACCUUAAUUCAACUCCUAGCGACCUAAUCAAGAGAUGUUAGCCUCUUGGGGAAGCUAAAAGAGGCAUAGUUCAGCCAUAAUCCAAGAGGAAGUGGCGUGUCUUUUUACUAGAAGCUCAAGGACAUUAUUUUAGCUAUAAUCGUUACAUUUUUCAGUAGAAUUUUCAGAUUCUUUGGGUGGGGAGAAACCCCUCUUCAGUUAUCAAACAAAUGUAUUUAUAAAGCCCUUUUUACAUCAGCAGGUCAAAGUGCUAUACAGAAACCCUGACUAAAACCCCAAAUAACAAGCAAUGUAGAAGCACUGCAGGGUAUCCGUUAAACAUGUCAUUCAAAUUUGUAUGGCCUAAACGAAAUCAGUCUGAUGAAGUUGAGUGAUUUAUUUAUUUUUACUGAGCUUUUAUUGAAUGCAUUGUGCUACUCUUUUUCCAUGUAAAAAAUAUUAAUAAAAAAAAAAACAGGGCAAA